AAUCUCGAUGCUCUCGAGAGUCAGUCCACACUUUCCACGGAGAAAGCGCCAAUCUCAACUCCAAGAAAACCAUGUCGAUGCGGAGAAAAAAAUAAAUACAAAUCAAAAGCAAAAGCGUCAAGGAAGUACAAAGGCAGGUGCAAGUGCAUCAACGAAUACGGUACCUGUAUGAGCGCAUGCAGUUGUUGUGGAUGGUGCCAAGGCAAACAAUGUGGGGGAAACCAAAGGCUUCCUCGGGACAAAAGAUGUAGAACACCCAGAAAGCGAGGUCAAAAAUACAGGCAUACCGUGAAAGCGAAACGAUCAAGACUUUCACUGGAAGAAAAUGACGAAAAAAUCAAAGAUCCUGGAUUGAAUGAGCUCGAGUUCUUUGUCAUGCAUGCUAUUAUCCAGCAUGCGAACUCAAAGAAGGAUGUCAAAAAUGACAACAGCCAUUUUUGUGACAUGUUUAGCAAAAUAGUCAAAGUCGUAAAUAGUUUCGCUUUUCUAAUGGUUCUUCCCAUAUUUCACCAUUCCUUACAGGUGCUUUACGAUGAAAAAAGAAAGUACGAUAAGUUAAGGAAACGUUAG